GUUAAAAAAAACACUCGUCCUUUGACCACCUCUUACUGCCGGUGAAACAACAAGGUUGUUCUUGUUCCACCAAUCCUUUCAUCCAUAAAUUCUGAUGAUGCUGAUUGCUCCAUCACAUAAAUCAUAAACAAAUUAACCAAACACAUAUUAUUCAUUCAUUGGAGGAGUAUAAUGAGUGAACAAUUGGGGGUGCUAAAAGUCAUUAUUGUGCAAGGAAGAAGGUUGGUGAUUAGGGAUUUCAAGACCAGUGAUCCUUAUGUUGUGCUCAAAUUAGGGAAUCAGACUGCAAAGACCAAGGUCAUUAAUAGCUGCUUGAAUCCUGUUUGGAAUGAAGAGCUGAAUUUCACUUUGACUGAACCCUUGGGAGUUCUCAAUUUGGAAGUAUUUGAUAAAGAUCUUUUGAAAGCUGAUGACAAGAUGGGAAAUGCAUUUAUCAACCUUCAACCAUUAGUCUCUGCAGCCAGAUUAAAAGAUAUUUUAAAAGUCUCUUCCGGCGAGACAACACUAAGAAAGGUGAUACCUGAUACUGAUAACUGUCUUGUACGCGAAAGCAGUAUCAAUUGCGUUAAUGGCGCGGUUGUGCAGAAUGUUUGGUUAAGGCUUCGUGAAGUCGAAUCCGGGGAACUAGAAUUGACACUCAAGUUGACCAAACCUGUUGCUCCUUCAAAAUAGUACUGCAGAGAGAGUAGAUUCCUAACUAGAUUAUAGUUGUAACAUUUUAUAUGUUGUUGUGGCUUGGUUUUGAUUGAUUGUUUUAUAAGUGUAUCUAUCUAUGAAAAAAAAUGAUGCAUAUUCUAAUGCAGUUUAGUGUUUGGUUAGAUAAGACACAUUUGAAGCUGCAUUUUCAAAUGAACAAGUUGUGAUUUUUGGCU